GCUUCGGCUCGUCAGCUUGCGUCUGACCGCGUACCCUCGCGCCUCGCGUCUCGGCCGCCCCGAGGCCUGCGUUCUUGGCUGUCGCCGCGAUGGCUGCGUGAAAAAAAGUGUCAAGUUUAGAAACUCAAAUGUGGUACCCAUGGAGGUGCGUAAGUGAACGCGUUUGCACGAAGGAGGUGCGGAGUGAAAUUGUGAUUAAGUGAGUGAGAGUGUUGUGGUGUUAGUUUCAAAAUUGAAUGAGUGGUGUGUGUUUUGUGGAACAAGAUAAUGUAAAGUGCUCACCCGAAGGAUACGUUACCCCCGACAUGAAGCCUGUGGAUUACCUUCUGGUUACAACGGCCUUGCUGCUGUGCUUAUGGAAUACCGUCCCCGCUGUCCAAGGAUUCGUGUCAUGCUCGCCCAACCCAUGUAGAAAUGGAGGCGCUUGCGUCACGACGGCGCGCGAGGAGCUGCAGUGCAACUGCACCUCCCUGUACGUGGGCGAGUUCUGCCAGCACCCCAACCCCUGCCACACGGGCCCCGGACCCCGCUGCCAGAACGGCGGGUCGUGCCACGUGCGCGACUCGCCCUACGCGUCCUUCUGGUGCGAGUGCCCCGUGGGCUUCACGGCCUCGCUGUGCGAGAUCAAGCUAGAGAACGCCUGCGACUCGUCGCCCUGCCAGCACGGCGGCACCUGCCAGCUCAGCUCGCUGCACGAGUACACCUGCAACUGCCCGCUCGGCUACACCGGUCGGCACUGCGAGCGCCAGGACUACUGCGCCAGCUCGCCGUGCAAGAACGGCGCGGACUGCGCGUCGCUCGAGUCGACGUACAAGUGCGCGUGCGCGCCGGGCUUCCGCGGCAGCACCUGCAGCGAGGACAUCGUGGAGUGCCUGGCCGAGCCGUGCGUGCACGGCAAGUGCAUCAACACCCACGGAUCGUACAAGUGCAUGUGCGAGCCGGGCUACACGGGCAAGGACUGCGAGAGCGACUACAUCCCCUGCAACCCGUCGCCGUGCCAAAACGGCGGCACCUGCAGGCAGUUGGACGCGCUGAGGUUCGAGUGCGCCUGUCCCAAAGGUUACCGCGGCCCCAACUGCGAGGAGAACAUCGACAACUGCCCGGGCCACCUGUGCCAGCACGGCGCCGAGUGCGUGGACGGCGUCAACGGGUACACGUGCCGCUGCCCGCCGGCCUACACCGGCGAGCUGUGCGAGCAGGACGUGGACGAGUGCUCGCUGCGGCCCUCGGUGUGCCACAACGGCGCCACGUGCACCAACACGGCGGGCUCCUUCUCCUGCAUCUGCGUCAACGGCUGGACCGGCCCGGACUGCUCCGUCAACAUCGACGACUGCGCGGGCGCGGCCUGCUUCAACGGCGCCACCUGCAUCGACCGCGUCGGCAGCUUCUACUGCCGGUGCACGCCGGGCAAGACAGGUCUGCUGUGCCACCUCGAUGAUGCGUGCACGUCCAACCCGUGCCACGCCGACGCCAUCUGCGACACGUCCCCGAUCAACGGCUCCUACACCUGCAGCUGCGCGUCCGGGUACCGCGGCGUGGACUGCUCCGAGGACAUCAACGAGUGCGAGCAGGGUUCGCCCUGCGAGCACGACGGCAUCUGCGUCAACACGCCCGGCUCCUUCGCCUGCAACUGCACCCAGGGCUUCACCGGGCCGCGCUGCGAGACCAACGUCAACGAGUGCGAGUCCCACCCCUGCCAGAACGACGGCUCCUGCCUCGACGACCCCGGCACCUUCCGCUGCGUCUGCAUGCCAGGCUUCACCGGGACGCAGUGCGAGGUGGACAUCGACGAGUGCCAGCCCGACCCCUGCAUGAACGGGGGCAUCUGCAGCGACAUGAUCAACGGGUUCCGCUGCGUGUGCCCCAACGGCUUCACGGGCGCGCGCUGCCAGACCAACAUCGACGACUGCAAGUCCUCGCCGUGCCGCAACGGCGGCAUCUGCUACGACGCGGUGGCCGGCUACACGUGCGACUGCCCGCCGGGCUUCACGGGCGCCAACUGCGAGGUCAACAUCAACGACUGCCAGAGCUCGCCGUGCCACCGCGGCGAGUGCAUCGACGGCGAGAACUCGUUCACCUGCCAGUGCCACCCGGGCUUCACCGGCUACCUGUGCCAGACGCAGAUGAACGAGUGCGAGUCCAACCCGUGCCAGUUCGGCGGCCACUGCGAGGACCUCAUCAACGGGUACCAGUGUCGCUGCCGGCCGGGCACGUCGGGGCCCAACUGCGAGAUCAACGUCAACGAGUGCUACAGCAACCCCUGCCGCAACGGCGCCACCUGCAUGGACGGCAUCAACCGCUACUCGUGCGACUGCGUGGCCGGCUUCACGGGCCACCACUGCGAGACCAACAUCAACGAGUGCGCCAGCAACCCGUGCGCCAACGGCGGCGUGUGCGUGGACAUGGUGGGCACGUUCCGCUGCGAGUGCCCGCGCGGCUACUACGACGCGCGCUGCCUCAGCGACGUGGACGAGUGCGCCAGCAACCCCUGCCUCAACGGCGGCACCUGCGAGGACGGCGUCAACCAGUUCAUCUGCCACUGCCCGCGCGGCUACGGCGGCCGGCGCUGCGAGCAGGACCUCGACGAGUGCGCCAGCAACCCGUGCCAGCACGGCGGCACCUGCGCCGACCACCUCAACGCCUACAGCUGCGCCUGCGUGCCCGGCUACACCGGCACCAACUGCGAGCUCAACAUCGACGACUGCGCCAACAGCCCCUGCAAGCACGGCGGCUCCUGCAUCGACCUGGUGAACGGCUACAAGUGCGUGUGCGAGCUGCCCUUCACGGGCCACGACUGCCUGUCGCGCCUCGACCCCUGCUCGCCGAACCACUGCCGGCACGGCGCGCGCUGCACGCCCUCGGCCAACUACUUGGACUUCGCGUGCAUGUGCGACGUGGGCUACACGGGCCGCCUGUGCGACGAGGACGUGGACGAGUGCGCCGUCUCGGCGCCGUGCCGCAAUGGCGCCACCUGCCAGAACACCAACGGCUCGUACGUGUGCGCCUGCACCAAGGGCUUCGAGGGCCACGACUGCCUCACCAACACGGACGACUGCGCCACCUUCCCCUGCCAGAACGGCGGCACCUGCCUGGACGGCAUCGGCGACUACAGCUGCCUCUGCGUGGACGGCUUCAUGGGCAAGCACUGCGAGGUGGACGUGGACGAGUGCGCCAGCAACCCGUGCCGCAAUGGCGCCACCUGCAACCAGUACGUCAACUCGUACACGUGCGCCUGCCCGCUCGGCUUCUCGGGCACCAACUGCCAGACCAACGACGAGGACUGCACCGAGUCGUCGUGCAUGAACGGCGGCCGCUGCAUCGACGGCAUCAACUCGUACACGUGCCAGUGCCAGGCCGGCUACACGGGCUCCAACUGCCAGUACCGCAUCAACGAGUGCGACUCCAACCCCUGUCUCAACGGCGGCACCUGCAACGACCACGUCAAGUACUACUCCUGCCACUGCCCCUACGGCUACACGGGCAAGCACUGCGAGAACUACGUGGACUGGUGCUCGGGGCAGGGCCAGGGCCAGCCCUGCGAGAACAACGCCACUUGCAGGCAGGACAGGAACCACUAUCAGUGUCUGUGCAGCCCCGGCUGGACCGGCAAGGUGUGCGACGUGGAAAUGGUUGCUUGCAGCGACGCGGCCAUCCGGAAAGGUGUGCACAGGGACCGUCUUUGCAACAACGGAACAUGUGAAGACAUUGGCAACAGCCACCGCUGUCGCUGCUUGGACGGUUACACGGGCAGCUACUGCCAGAAGGAGAUCAACGAGUGUGAAUCUGCUCCCUGCCAGAAUGGGGCCACCUGCGAGGACCUGGUGGGCUCAUACAACUGUCAGUGUGCCAAGGGAUUCCAAGGGCAGAACUGUGAGCUCAAUGUCGAUGACUGUCGCCCCAACCCUUGUCAAAAUGGAGGAACUUGCCAUGAUUUCAUCAAUAAAUUCCGCUGCAGUUGCCCUCCAGGAACGCUGGGUAUAAUUUGUGAGAUCAACGUAGAUGACUGCCAUCCUGGAGCAUGCCACAACAAUGGCACAUGUGUCGAUAAAGUGGGUGGAUUCGAAUGCAAGUGUCCACCAGGAUUUGUUGGCCCACGGUGUGAAGGAGACAUCAACGAAUGUUUGUCUAACCCGUGUCGCAGCCCUGGAACACAAGAUUGUGUGCAGCUCGUAAAUAAUUAUCUCUGCAACUGCAAGCCGGGUUACAUGGGUCGCCAUUGUGAAGCUGAGGUCAACUUCUGUGAAAGCUCACCUUGCCAAAAUGGUGGAGUUUGCCAACAGCACCAAUCAGGUCAUACUUGCCAGUGUCCAGAAGGAUAUUCGGGUGCCAAUUGUGAAUUCUUUGGCUACGACUGUGACUCCAACCCUUGCCAGAACGGUGGUACCUGUAGACAGCCUACCAGUGGACGUGGCUACCUCUGUCAAUGUUUACCUGGAUCCUACGGUCAUCACUGUGAGCUGGACAGCCGCAAUGAGUGUGAGAGCAAUCCCUGUCAGAACGGUGGGGCUUGCCAGGAUUUCAUCGGAGACUACCUGUGCAACUGUCCUCGCACUUGGGCUGGUAAAAAUUGUGAAAGAUAUGACCCCAAGUUCCAAGGAGGUGUUUACCGCCCUGUUGGCAAGUUCAAAGGUGGCCUGGAAUUAGACAUUGACGAUAAGUGCCAGGGAUGUGUAGAGAAAGCAGGCAAUGGCAAAUGCGAUCAAGAAUGUAACAGCUACGCUUGUCAGUUUGACGGCAAUGACUGCUCUUAUGGCAUUGAUCCUUGGCUCAACUGCUCAAGUCCAACAAGAUGCUCUCAAGUAUUUGCCAACGGUCGUUGUGACCCAAUCUGCAACAAUGCAGGCUGCCUGUUUGAUGGGUAUGAUUGUGGUCGCUUAUUCCAGCCUUGCAGCCCUAUUUACGACAAGUUCUGUCAGAAGCGCUAUGCCAACGGUAUUUGUGAUGAGCACUGCAACACUGCAGAAUGCAAUUGGGAUGGUAUGGACUGUGAAAAGGAACCUCCUAAACUUGCACAAGGCUCCUUCUCCAUCAUUCUGCGGAUGGACAUGCACUCUUUCCGGACCAAUCUCAUUGCAUUCCUGCGUCUUUUGGGACAUGAGCUUCAGACGACAGUAAGAGUCAAACAGGACGAUAUGGGAAAUGACAUGAUUUACUCCUGGGAUAUGAACCCAUUAUCUGGAGACAUCAACUUGAGGUCAGGAGUGAUUGCAUACUUCGAAUUGGACAACAGGCGUUGUUUGUCAUCGACAGACACGGAAUGCUUCAACUCAGCUACUGAAGCUGCUGAGUUCCUUGCUGCCAAAGCAUCUAAAAUGGCUCUGUCACAAGAUUUCCCCAUCUACAAAAUCAAAAGGGUUCCUUCAGGCGAUGACCCGGAAAUAGGAGAACCUGCGAAUGCCAAAUAUGUUCUUGUGGGGGUAAUGCUGGUAUGUCUGUGUGGCAUGUUUGUUGGUGUGUUGGUAACUGCCCAACGCAAGAAGGCUGCUGGCAUCACCUGGUUCCCCGAAGGCUUUUUACGCAACAACAGUGGGCAGCGCAGACGCUCUAGGAGGCGUGGACCUGAUGGACAAGAGAUGCGCAAUCUGAGUAGUAAACAAGCCUCAAUGGGCCAUAUUGACAUGGAGCUUCCUCCUCACGGAAUGGUCCCAGGCAUGGGCAGCAUGGGCAACAUGAUGGCUCAAAGCCACUGGUCAGAUGACGAGAGUGAUUUGCCACCUCCGAAACGGAUGCGUGGUGACAUGGGUGGUGGUUAUGCAUCAGAUCACACAGUUGUCACUGAUUAUGAAGAAGCUGAACCUCGUAUGUGGACCCAACUGCAUUUGGAUGCGGCAGAUAUUCGACGCCCCGAUGCUGGUAUUAUGACGCCUCCAAUGGACAACAACUGUGAUGUGGAUGCACGAGGGCCAUGUGGCAUGACUCCCCUGAUGGUCGCAGCCUCUGCAUCAGCUGUGCGUGGAGGUGGCCUGGAUACUGGUGAUGAAGAAGAUGAAGAAAACAAUUGCCAGGCCAUUGCAGAUUUAGUUGCACAAGGUGCUGACCUUAAUGCCACAAUGGACAAGACUGGAGAAUCCUCCUUGCACUUAGCAGCCCGUUAUGCCAGGGCUGAUGCUGCUAAGCGACUGCUUGAUGCUGGAGCCGAUGCAAACUCUCAGGACAACACUGGACGGACCCCUCUUCAUGCAGCUGUAGCUGCUGAUGCCAUGGGAGUGUUCCAGAUUCUCUUGCGCAACCGAGCUACAAACCUGAAUGCCCGUAUGCAUGAUGGGACAACUCCAUUGAUUUUGGCUGCCCGUCUAGCAAUUGAAGGAAUGGUGGAAGAUCUCAUCAACGCUGAUGCUGAUAUCAAUGCUGCGGAUAAUUCAGGCAAGACCGCCCUUCACUGGGCGGCUUCCGUCAACAAUGUGGAUGCUGUCAACAUCUUGUUGACCCAUGGCGCCAACAGAGAUGCUCAGGAUGAAAAGGAGGAGACACCUCUUUUCUUAGCCGCUCGUGAAGGCAGUUAUGAAGCAUGCAAAGCACUGCUGGACAGCUUUGCCAAUAGAGAAAUCACUGAUCACAUGGAUAGGUUGCCCAAGGAUGUGGCAAGUGAGAGAUUACACCAUGAUAUUGUAAGACUUCUCAAUGACCAUGUGCCGCGGAGCCCACAUCCUGUUUCAGUCAUUCCUAGUGGCCCAUUGCUGGGACCAGGCAAUGCUGAAGCUUCCCCUGGUAGUCAGCAUCACCUCAUCAGCCAGCCAACAGUAAUUGGGGCCAAAACAACCAAGUCAAAGAAGAGACCAAAGUCUUCCAUGCAUGGCAAUGGUCCCAACAACAAUCCUACAAGUCCAGACAUGGACAAUAACAAUGGUGCUGCUGCCGUGAGAAGGAAACCUAGUGUCAAGAAAAAGAAAGCGAGUCCAUCUCACAAUAUGGACCAAGGAGUGCGCAGUGUAGAAAGCGUGCUCGCCCUAUCUCCAGGGCAGUCACCUGGCAUGCCUGACUACGAGAGUGGACAGAUGUAUGGCAGCCUAAUGAGUGGCCAGGUGAAACAGCCGCCAAGUUAUGAAGACACCUACAAAAGCAUCCACUUAGAGCAGCUAGACAACAUGGAUCGGGUUGAUCCAUUGGAUCACUACAACAGUCCUUAUGGUGUAGCCAGCUUUCACGACCAGCAAACGUCGCUCGGGCUGCCGCCGCACGGCCGCCAAGCCGGCGGGGGCGGAGGCGGAGGCCUGCCCCUCACGCUGGGCGUAACGCUGGGCCAGCCUCAGCCUCUACAGCUGCAGCACCCCAGCACGCUGUCGCCGCCCUACUCCAACAACCAGAGCCCACCCCACAGUAUCAACAUGAGCCUGUCGCCCGCCAGCUACCUCAGCUCGCCCUCGCCCACCAAGUCAAGACCGUCCCUCCCCACCUCGCCCACCCACUACGCCGCGCUACGCGCCGCGACCCACCAGAAGCACGGUCCCACCACUGGGCAGCAGCCUGUGAGCUUCGACUUCGAGCUGGCAGCGUACAGCCUGCAGAACCAGCAGCAACAGCAGCAGAGUUUGCAGCAGCUCCAGCAGCAGCAACAGCAGAGCUCAAAUUUUUACCCCCAAUACCUAACGCCGCCGUCUCAGCACUCGGCGCACCUAGGCCCAGACGGCACGCCUCAGCACCAGCCUCAAAUCCAGGCUCCUGAGAAUUUCCCAACUCCUUCCCCGGAAUCACCGUGGAACUGGUCGUCGUCCUCACCUCUGUCAAACUCGGACUGGUCAGAGGGAAUUUCCAGCCCCAAUGCCUGUCCACAGUCCAGUCAGCAUCCAAAGUCUGAAGCUAUUUAUAUUUAGAUUCCUUUUUGCCCCUUAUUCCCAUUUUUAUCAGGGAAAGGACAAUGUAUUUAUUUAUACACAUGAGUAGGAAUUGCCAUUUUAGUGCCUUUCUUGAUGUUGCCGAAUUUGUGUGUUUUGCUCGUUCAGCACUGCACCAACAAAUAUAUUACAACAGAACCUGUCAUUGAAAUUUAUUUAUUGUUUCAUUCAAAAUAAGUGCUCAAUAUAAUCCAACAUUGAUUGGAAAUGAUUCAGUGCUCAUUGGUGCUGUUUGUCUGUAAUUUUGCCUGACAUUGCUAGUUUGAUCAUGUGUGCUGCUGAACUGCAUUUCUUUAGUUAAUAAAUCACGACUCGUGUGCUAUCAUUCUUUGGUGUAAUGAAGAUCUCACUAUUGUAUUGGUCACAAGGUAACUGCUGCCAAGUAGUAAUCAUUGCUUAGUUGAAAAUAAUGUUGAACUUAAAAGUUUUUCAAGACUUGAUGUUCAACAAAAGUUAAUCAGAGUAAUAAUAAUCAAGUGUUUGCAUUGAGUUGAUUGUUAAAAAGAUCUUUAUAAAAUGCCAUUUUGUACAUACAUUUAUAUAUAUCUUUUUACUUAAAUGUACAAAGUAAUAGGAUAGAUUUAGAUGAAAAUAGCCUGUACUAUGCGUCAGAGGUGUCAUCAUUGUUCUUCUCUGUCAAAUUUGACGAGUUAAUACAGACAGCAUCUGUGUACAUAAAGAUACAAAACUAGGCAACUCUUGCACUUGUGAUUUUUAGAACUGGAAGGUAUGUUUUUGUUAUAUCUGUUUUGUGUCAAGUGUAGUUUUCUAUCAUGUUUGAUUCAGUAUCAUCCUUGCUGCAUCCAUACUUCUCACUCACAAACCUAGUUUUCUGCCGCAGAUGUAAGUCAAUUGCAUUUUCGUACAAAUAUGUAUUGAUAAGGGUGCUUGGCUAAAAACCACUUUUUCUUUUGGUUUUGUUUUUUUGUUUGUUUAUUUGUUUUUCAAUGCUGUUCUGUCUAAGAAACAAAUGUACCAAAAGACCACUUGAAGUAUUUUCCAUUUAUUGAAACAUAGCUGGCCAUUGAAACAGUACUGUUUUGUCAUGUUGUUUAUUCUGAUGAGAGAUACUUCAAAGAAACCAUUUUUACCUGCAUGAUUUUCAAGGUUGACUUGAAGUUUAAAGUACAAAUAUUAUCAAAAGAAGACCAGAUGAUUGGGUAGUUAUGUGAGUGAUUGUAUGUUAUAGUGAAUCACUCUGAAUCAAUGUUUUUUAUUCUUAAAACAAAAUAUUUUUGCCAUAUUGCAUCUUUUAAUCAGAAUCUAUUAAGUCAGUUGCAAUUUUGGCUUAUUGUAAUAACAAUUACCUAAAAUGAGAUUGUGGGGGAAUUGUUUAUGUAAUUUGUUCCUGUCAUCUUGCAAAUUUUCAUCUGCCUCUUUUCAGUAAGAGAGCCGACUGAUGUGCUACCGUUAUGUCAUUCUAUUUUAUUUUAUUUUGCAUUUAGUUUCAAAAUGGAUUGUCGUCCUCCUUUUCUGAGGAAGCAGUUUGCAAAUAUGCAUUGUUUUGUUUGUUUUCUUUUAAAAUUAAUUUUCUCAUUUGUUUGAUAAAAGAGUUCUGAAGUAGAUUCAAGCCUUCCUUUUCUUAGUAAGUUCUUUGCAAUCUCUUUUUGUUAAGAAUCUCUGCUGCUGUUCUGGUUUGUCAGCCUCAGCCAUUGUGUCAAAGAACUGAAUAAUUUUGUAUAUUCAUACUAUUUCAUGUCGUGAACAUGUCUGUAAAUUAUUUACUUUGUGAUAAAUAUUGUUAGAAAGUUAUUUAAACUUUUAUUUUAAUUUAAAAUAUGUCAUCACUGCUUUAAAUUGUGAUUAUUGGGAGGCAUUUCUCAUUAUGGGUGAUCUUCCAGUGCUUCCAUUUAGCUCUGCUUAAGAAGUUUUUUUCUUCUUCCCUGUAAAUCUCCUUUGAUUAAUUAAUUCUUGACCAUACCUGCUGUUCAUAUCACAUCAAAGGUUAACUUGCAUAUUACUGAUGAUUUACAGUAUCUGAAAGAACUGUUUUUUGACAAUACUGGAAUGUCACUUAUUCAUAAUAAGCUGCCUACAAUGAAGGUGAGCUAAUUAAUUUUUGAGUUGAUGAUGUAUGUAGUUCUUUGUGUUGACAUUCGACAAAGUGUAAAAAGUACUGAAUUUAUUUUAUUAUGCUAGAUAGUGAUUCGGUUAGGUAGGCCUGAAAUUUCGGGUGGAGCUGUUACAUGUAGUUGAUAGACAAUCAAUAAAACAUUGUAUUUGUACUUA